UUAUUGUUAGCACAUAAACUAAAUUACCUUUUGAUUGAAAUAAACAAGCAACUCUGUCAGUCUACUGGGAGCACAAAUGCAAAGAAUCACAGUCAAUUGCCACACUGCAGAGAGCACAGAAGGAGAAAGCUGAAAUGGGUGUACUGAUUAUUUUACUUUCAAUUUCGGUUAGCAUUUUGGCUGCGCCCACUUCGAUCGACUUGAGCUGUUCCAGGCAAAACCAGGACCAAUCAUGCUGCAUUCAAAAUCUCGUUUUGGAUUCGAGAAAUGCUGAACGAUAUAGUUUUCCUCAGGAAAUCUCUAUUCAUCUGGAAAAUUGUACCAUCGACUACUUUUCCCCAGAGUUUGCCGCUAGGCUGGCGGAAUCAACUACAGAACUUUCAAUUCUGGAUGGAUAUGCUCCGAGGGUGUAUGUAAAACCUACUUUGAAGUCCUUCACCAGCCUACGUUGCGGAACAUCGGAUGUUACUAUUGAUCCAGUGGAGAACCAAAACCUAGAACUGUUGGACUUGGCCGGAAUACUAAAAGUAAUCCCAAAUAAUAUCCAAUACUUGAAAAAUCUGGCUGUGUUGGAUUUGUGUGAGAAUCAAAUAGAAUAUGUUCGCUUGGAUCAAUUUGAGGGAUUGGACAAACUUCGAAAACUGAACUUAGGUCACAACAAGAUCAAAUCGGUCAGUGUGACAAAGCCCUUGACAUUACCCAAAUUGAACGAGCUGUUUUUGCACGGAAACGAACUCACGGAGUUGGAUUUAACACAUCUGAAAGCUGACAAUCUUGAACGGUUUUAUGUUUCGCAAAAUCAACUUAUGCGCAUUGAUGGAUUCCCGCACAAUUUUAAUAAACUGAUCCGCACAGACCUGUUCUCCAAUAGAUGGAACUGUAGUUGGCUUAAACAAACCUUACAGUUUUUGGAUGGUACCAAAGUGGAGACUUUGAGCUUUCUACCGGUGAAAGUUUGUAAUGAAAAUGGAACGGUUAAGGUACACGCAAUCGAAUGCGCGAUUAACUAAGCAGUCAUAUUUUGGUUCUUAGUAUGCGUUAUGAAAGUGGAGCGUGUAAUAAAGUAAAAUAGAACCAGAAGAUACUACUUAUUUGGUAAAAUAUGUUAUAUACAAUUCUAAGCAGUACUUUAAUGUCAUGCCUCCAAAAUGUAUAACCUGUUAUGAUUACAAAAUGAAAAAUAAACGUACUUCACUAACACUACUCUUGCUCCGCAGUGAAGAAUAAAGUGCGUACAAACUAAA